UCUUCUUCUCUUUUCUCUUUCUUAUUAUUUUUUUAAUUUUUUCCCUGUUUUAUAUCUCUUCCCUUCACUCUUGUUUUCUUCUUCUUUCAUACCAUUCCCAGAUUCAGAUUUCUUUAUUUGGUUGAGUUUGGUGAGAUUUAUGGGGUUUGAGAUGAAACCAGAGAAAGAUGUUUUGGAAUUGAUUUCUACUAAGAAUCAAUGUAAGGCUAAUCCCAAUUCUGUUAAUAACAAGAAGAAGAAGAAGAACAAGAACAAGAAGAGCAAGAAGAUGAUGAUGACGUGGCGACGGAAGAAGAUUGAUUCUCCGGCGGAUGAGAUCACGCCGGUGCGGCGGCUCUUUAAUACUUGCAAACAAGUGUUCUCUGAUUGUGGUCCUGGUGUUGUUCCUUCUCUUGAUAAAAUCCAACAGCUUCGAGAUAUUCUUGACAAUAUGAAACCAGAGGAUGUCGGUUUAACUCCGACCAUGCCGUAUUUCCGACCAACCGUCCGAACGGAGAAUGGUUCUUCGCCGCCGAUAACCUAUCUGCAUCUACACGAAUGUGCUCAAUUCUCGAUUGGUAUAUUCUGUUUGCCGCCUUCUGGCGUCAUUCCACUUCAUAACCAUCCUGGGAUGACAGUGUUUAGUAAGAUUCUCUUUGGUACAAUGCACAUCAAGUCGUAUGAUUGGGUGGUUGAUGCUCCAAUGAGAGAUCCAAAAACCCGGCUAGCAAAACUGAAGGUGGACUCAACAUUCACCGCACCAUGCAACGCCUCGAUUUUGUAUCCUGAAGAUGGCGGGAACAUGCAUAGGUUCACAGCGGAAACAGCUUGCGCGGUGCUAGACGUGCUCGGCCCUCCUUACUCCAAUCCAGAAGAUUGCACUUAUUUUCUAGACUUCCCUUUCGACAAACUCUCAUUAGAGGACGAGGAGAUUUUGAGAAGUGAAGAGGAGAAGGAAGGUUAUGCAUGGCUGCAAGAAAGGGAUGAUAAACCAGAGGAUCAUACGAACGUAGUCGGAGCAUUAUAUAGAGGCCCAAAGGUUGAAGAUUGAGAGCUUUUAUAUCCAUUUCACUUCUCAGAUUUCAAAUCAGUUUCUUUUUUCUUAGUUUAAAAUUCUUCUUUGUACAUAAAAAAACAAAAAAGGAAAGCAAAACAGGAAAAAAGGAAAAAUCUUUACUGGUUUUAGUUUAAAUCUUGGUCUCCGUUCAACUUCUUUCUUUCCAAUAGUAACCAAAAUAAAAUAGACUUGACCUUGUUAUA